UUCCAAAUUUAGAUGUUACUCGCAUAUGCCGUUAUUACUGUCUUGCUGCAGGCGAGCGGGGUGUUUGGACAAGACGAUUGUUAUGCUUGUGGCGAGUCUAUGUACAAAUUCAACAACUCCUGCUAUCAGUUUAACACAACUGGAACAGAUUUAUGGACCGCCAAAACAAACUGUGAGUUGGUCGGCCUCCAUCUAGUCUACAUUGAAACGAAACAGGAACAGGACUUUCUGGUAUCUACUGGUAACAUCGUUCGUCCUUCAAGUGACUUCUGGAUUGGAAUCGAAAAGACCGCAGAAGGAGAGUGGGUAUGGAUGGAUGGCACAGUGAUCACCUACUCUAAUUUUGGUCUUAUCACUAGAGGUGGCGAGUGCUUUCGGCUUAGGAGACGGAAAAACUACAUAUGGGCAGACCGUGAAUGCAAUGACACCAGGAUUGGAUAUAUAUGUGAGAAAGAACAAGGUUGUGAUGGCAAAAUGACAACCCAAUCACCUGUAACUCAUUUUGCUUCAAAGACAUCAUCGUCCAUUUCCGGUAUGUCAGUGCUGCCAUUACCUACAUCUACCACGAUGACUGCAAGUACUACAGAGGGAAAGACAUCAACUACGGUGGAUAUGGUCGUAGGCCUAUUCAUAAAAAGUAUGACUGACACUCCUCUGGUGUUUCUGUCAUCUACAAAGGACUUACAUCGGACACCGGGAAGAUCUCAUACAACUCUAACUUCUAUGACAACCAAUGAGAAACUACGUAGUACAACAAAAGUUUCAAGUGCUACUGAGAUGGAAUCAGAAAAUACAGUUUUGACCUCCCCAAAUCAGGUAACCCUAGCUUCUUCAGAAAGCAAUCGUGAUACCAAAACGGUGACAGUAGACGGGCUUUCUGGUAUACCGACAAUCCCACAGAAGGGGCAGACUGCGGUCAUUCAAAGCACAAUCCCACAGGAAGAGCAGACCUCGGCCAUUCCAAGCACAAUCCCAAAGGAUGAGCAGACAUCGGCCAUAUCAAGCACAAUCAUACAGAAAGUGCAGACCUCGGCCAUUCCAAGCACAAUCUCACAGGAAGAGCAGACCUCGGCCAUGUCAAGCACAAUCAUACAGAAAAUGCAGACCUCGGCCAUUCCAAGCACAAUCCCACAGAAAGUGCAGACCUCGGCCAUUCCAUGCACAAUCCUACAGGUAGAGAAGACAUCGGCCAUUCCAAGCACAAUCUCACAGGUAGAGAAGACAUCGGUCAUUCCAAGCACAAUAUCGCAGGAAGAGCAGACCACGGACAUUCCAAGCACAAUCCCACAGGAGGUACAGACAUCGGCCAUUCCAAGCACAAUCCUACAGGUAGAGAAGACAUCGGCCAUGUCAAGCACAAUCUCACAGGAAGAGCAGACCACGGACAUUCCAAGCACAAUCCCACAGGAGGUACAGACAUCGGCCAUUCCAAGCACAAUCUCACAGGAAGAGCAGACCUCGGCCAUUCCAAGCACAAUCCCACAGGUAGAGAAGACAUCGGCCAUUCCAAGCACAAUAUCACAGGAAGAGCAGACCACGGACAUUCCAAGCACAAUCCCACAGGAGGUACAGACAUCGGCCAUUCCAAGCACAAUCCCACAGGUAGAGAAGACAUCGGCCAUGUCAAGCACAAUCUCACAGGAAGAGCAGACCACGGACAUUCCAAGCACAAUCCCACAAAAAGUGCAGACCUCGGCCAUUCCAAGCACAAUCUCACAGGAAGUACAGACCUCGGACAUUCCAAGCACAAUCCCACAGGAAGUACAGACAUCGGCCAUUCCAAGCACAAUCCCACAGGAAGAGCAGACCUCGGCCAUUCCAAGCACAAUCUCACAGGAAGAGCAGACCUCGGCCAUUCCAAGCACAAUCUCACAGGAAGUACAGACCUCGGACAUUCCAAGCACAAUCCCACAGGAAGUACAGACAUCGGCCAUUCCAAGCACAAUCCCACAGGAAGAGCAGACCUCGGCCAUUCCAAGCACAAUAUCACAGGAAGAGCAGACCACGGACAUUCCAAGCACAAUCCCACAAAAAGUGCAGACCUCGGCCAUUCCAAGCACAAUCUCACAGGAAGUACAGACCUCGGACAUUCCAAGCACAAUCCCACAGGAAGAACAGACAUCGGCCAUUCCAAGCACAAUCCCACAGGUAGAGAAGACAUCGGCCAUGUCAAGCACAAUCUCACAGGAAGAGCAGACCUCGGCCAUUCCAAGCACAAUCCCACAGGUAGAGAAGACAUCGGCCAUUCCAAGCACAAUCUCACAGGUAGAGAAGACAUCGGCUAUUCCAAGCACAAUCUCACAGGAAGAGCAGACCUUGGCCAUUUCAAACACAAUCCCAUAUGAAAAGCAGACCUCGGCCAUUCCAAGCACAAUCCCACAGGUAGAAAAGACAUCGGCCAUUCAAAGCACAAUCUCACAGAAAGUGCAGACAUCGGCCAUUCCAAGCACAAUCCCACAGGUAGAGAAGACAUCGACAUCGGCUAUUCCAAGCACAAUCUCACAGGAAGAGCAGACCUUGGCCAUUUCAAACACAAUCCCAUAUGAAAAGCAGACCUCGGCCAUUCCAAGCACAAUCCCACAGGUAGAAAAGACAUCGGCCAUUCAAAGCACAAUCUCACAGAAAGUGCAGACAUCGGCCAUUCCAAGCACAAUCCCACAGGUAGAGAAGACAUCGGCCAUUCCAAGCACAAUGUCACAGAAGGAGCAGACUUCGGCCAUUCCAAGCACAAUCCCACAGGUAGAGAAGACAUCGGCCAUUCCAAGCACAAUAUCACAGGAAGAGCAGACCUUUGCCAUUUCAAGCACAAUCCCAUAUGAAAAGCAGACCUCGGCCAUUCCAAGCACAAUCUCAAAGGUAGAGAAGACAUCUGCUAUUCCAAGCACAAUCUCACAGGAAGAGCAGACCUUGGCCAUUUCAAACACAAUCCCAUAUGAAAAGCAGACCUCGACCAUUCCAAGCACAAUCCCACAGGUAGAGAAGACAUCGGCCAUUCAAAGCACAAUCCCACAGGAAGAGCAGACCUUGACCAUUCCAACCACAAUCUCACAGGAAGUACAGACCUCGGCCAUUCCAAACACAAUCCAACCUAAAGAGCAGACCACGGCCAUUCCAAGCAUUAUUCCUCGGGAAGAACAUACCUCGGCCAUUCCAAGCACAAACCCUCAGGUAGAAAUUACCUCAUCGGCCAUUCAAAGCUCCAUGUCACACUCGACUCUCUCGAAAAAAGUAUUCACUACACGUGCAACCAGCAGGUCAGUCAGCCGCAAAUUUCGUUUGUUUGCAACAGACGCUGUGCUACCGGAAGCAACAAGUUCUUUACCAAUCUCAACUCAUUCCACUUUGAGGUGUGCGAGUUCCUGCAUCUCAUUGGAUAGCUGUUCCUAUUUUUCCUACACACCGUCGUCAUCAAAGUGCAUUCUGGGAUACAACGUUGCUGAUAAUUCGAACACUUUUAUUGGUGAAAGUGGCUCAGUGAUAUAUGCUGUCUUUUGAUAUCCAUUCCAAUUUUAAACAUGAACAUAAACCAUGAACACUUACCUUGUCACUCCCAAACAAGGAAUGGAAGUAUCUAACUUCAUUUGAAUUUUGAAAUAUUACAAGUAACUCUAAGACUUACCGCCCUUUCACACCGUUAAAUAAAAAUAGUAAUUUGAGUGAUAAUUCGAGUGAAAAAUAACGCUAGUGACGAAUUUUAGCAUGUGUGAAACCAAACUAGAACAUGAUUUGAAUCACGAACGCUAAUCACAAUCACGAAUUAAAAUUCUACUCCAGAGGAGAAUUUUGCGCGUGAAAGGCUUGACCUUCAAAACAUUUUUGGGGGCGGAACUUACGUGACCUUUCGCACUUUGGAAUUGCUUUAAGAAAGGAGUGAUAUCUACGGAAUCCGUAAAUAAUAUAUGCACUCAUCGUAGUUUGUAUUUGCGAUGCAGUGCUUUGAUUGAAAAGUCACGAAGGAGUGAUGAUAUAUGUCCGUUUACUUUUAUUACUUUUAAACCUAUAAUGACAUUUUACAAACUUAACCUUCAUUAUAAAAUUUUAAUGUUGAUGCCCCCAACAUGGUAAAAUUUCACUGAUCCUAAAUAGCCAUUAAACUUGGUCAUGAAACCAAAGUUUCCUACAAGCUGAUCACCAGUGAUUGACAUUUCAUUCCAAGUUUCAUUAAAUAUAACUAUAAACUUUUGAAAUUAAGAUGACAUUAAAAAUAAUAACCUGAUUAAAAGUUAAUACCGACAUGGUCAUAGGUCAUUGACCCCAACUGACCUUUGAACUUGAUCGUAUGAACGGAAAACACUCUAAAUGGUUGAUGAAAGCGUAUACGACAUCCUGGUGUAAUAUAAACUUUACUGAAAAAUGACAUCAUUUGCAACACAUAAUUUGACAUUCAAUGUAGGUUUUAAGCCUGAUGAUUUAUCAAAAAAGACAGAAAAUACCAUUAUUAAAAUCGUAUUUUUCUCAACAAAGGUUAGUAACUUUUAUACCACUAGAUUCCUUGUCCUCAUAAAUCGUGGUUUAGAUGCCAAAAAUAUGAUUCUAGGUUAUUUACAAGCCGAGAUAUUAAAAAAAAAGCUUUUCACGGCGGCCAUUUUGAAAAAAAAAGAUGGCGGCCAUAUAUGGGUCGGUGCAAAUGAAAACAUUUUUUCUGAUAGGUCAUAUAAUAACCUUUCCAAUAAAACAUAGAUUUUAAUUACUCCGAAAAAA